UGACAUAAAUUCGACCCUGGCCAGCGAGCUACCGCAGUCUUCUGCCCAAAAGGUCCGUGAGCGGCUAGGUGUUAAGAAGCGGGAUGUUAAUGCAACCGGGAUGAGUUCUACCGAGGAUAUAACUAAGACAAUAUUGCCCCGGGAGCUGAGGCAAAAUCCACUACGUAAGAUAUGGAUGCCAUGCAAGAACGGAUUACCGGAAAAACACAUUUCUCAACGGAGAGUAUGCAUGACCAACAGCCCCACCCUCAUUGUGACAGUGGGUUUGCCAGCUAGAGGAAAAACGUACAUCUCCAAAAAACUCACUCGUUACCUGAACUGGAUUGGUGUACCAACUAAAGAGUUUAAUGUUGGGCAGUAUCGGCGAGAGUGUGUGAAGAUCUACAAGAGCUUUGAGUUCUUCCGCCCUGAUAAUGAGGAGGGACUAAAGAUCAGGAAGCAAUGUGCUCUGGCAGCUCUAAAUGAUGUCCGGCAGUAUCUCAGUGUGGGAGGAGGCCAGGUGGCUGUGUUUGAUGCCACUAAUACUACAAGAGAGAGGAGGAGCACUAUUCUGAGAUUUGCAGAGCAGAAUGGCUACAAGGUGUUUUUUGUCGAGUCUGUGUGUGAAGAUCCUGACGUUAUAGCUCAGAAUAUUGUGCAGGUGAAAUUGGGCAGUCCUGACUACAUUGACUGUAACACAGAGGAGGCCAUCCAGGACUUUAUGAAAAGGAUAAAAUGCUAUGAAAACUCCUAUCAGCCACUGGAUGAGGUCUUGGACAAGGACUUGUCCUACAUUAAGGUGAUGGAUGUGGGCCAACGGUAUCUAGUAAAUCUUGUACUGGACCACAUUCAGAGCCGGAUUGUCUACUAUCUGAUGAAUAUCCAUAUCACUCCGCGUUCCAUCUACCUGUGUCGUCACGGGGAGAGUGAACUCAACAUCAGGGGACGCAUUGGUGGGGACUCUGGUCUUUCUUCUGGUGGUAAAGAGUUUGCACUUUGUUUGGGUAAAUUCAUUCAGGAGCAGAAUAUAAAGGACUUGAAGGUUUGGACAAGUCAGAUGAAGAGAACUAUCCAGACUGCUGAAGCUCUGGGCAUGCCCUAUGAACAGUGGAAAGCCCUAAAUGAAAUAGAUGCUGGAGUUUGUGAGGAGAUGAUGUAUGAAGAGAUUCAGGAGCAUUACCCUCUGGAGUUUGCCCUUCGAGACCAAGACAAGUACCGUUAUCGUUACCCUAAAGGAGAGUCCUAUGAGGACCUGGUACAGCGCCUGGAGCCAGUGAUUAUGGAACUAGAAAGGCAGGAGAACAUUCUAGUCAUCUGCCACCAGGCUGUCAUGCGCUGCCUUCUUGCGUACUUCUUGGACAAAAGUGCAGAUGAAUUGCCUUACCUGAAAUGUCCCUUACACACUGUGUUGAAGCUUACCCCAGUAGCUUAUGGAUGUAAGGUGGAGUCUAUCUAUCUCAAUGUGAAGGCGGUGAACACCCACAGGGAUAAACCAGAGAAUGUUGACAUUUCCCGUCUUCCAGAGGAGGCCCUUCUCACAGUUCCUGCCCACCACUGAUGUGCUUCAGGCGUCGCAGACAGUGGCGACACUCCAUCAGGCUACACACCUGAUUAUCAAGUGUUCCUGCUUCUUUAUUCUAUUUUUAUAUUGUUUUUAUGCUCACAAAUGCAGAGCAAAGUAGGAAUCGGUUGACUAAUUUUUCUAUUUUAUUUAUUUUUCGCCCUAUGCCACAGUGAUGACUGGAAUCCAGUUCUACGAUGAACCUUACUGUGGUGGUGUGAGAGCGCAUGUGUUUUACAUGCAAAUUGCCUUGUGCACAUGGUACCAUUUUCAGACUAGAUGUUUGAGCUUGUGAUUAAGCAGCAGUAAAAUUGACUUUUUUUUUUACUUUUUUUUGUUCUUCUAGAUAUUCUAUUUUCCAGACUUUUUUUUUAGUCUUGAUCUUUUUGUUUCUUACUUUCUCAUAAUGUUUCAAAUAUGCUUUUGGUGGUGGUAGAGAGGAUGGUGUCAAUUACUCUGUGCCAAUCAGCCUCGAUUUAAAAAUCUUCCUUUACUUGCAACCUUAGUCUUGCUGAGCCUGAUGCAGCUGUUAAAAUGAUCUGGUAGCUCAGUUUUCUUUUCCCUGUUAGAAAAAAGUGUGUAUAUUGUUUUGAUUGCAAUGGAAUACUGUCAAUGUGAUUUAAAUGAAUGAACACCCCCCCCCUCCAUACUCAGUAAUGUAUAGUACUACAGCCAUUGACAUUAGGAAGAAUUAUGGAUGCUUGUUUGACAUAUGCACUUUUCACUGUGGAGCACUGAGUGUGGGUAUGUAAAUACCUGUAAUUAUACAACCAGAACACUUUUUUGUACACUUUCAUAACUUUUUUUUUUUUUUUUGGCAGCAGUGAAUGCUGGUAACAGUAAGUAAAUGCCUGAAUAUAUGAUAAGGCAACACCCAUAAAAAAACGAAACAAAAAAAAAAACAACUUUGUCAGAUGCUGAACAAGUUCAAGAUAUGUUUCUGUAUUUAAUAAAGCAGAAAGCACCUCGUCAGUAUAAGCAGCUCUACCAGGGCAGAAAAGACAAUCAGGAUUUACCAUGGUUUACCUUAUUGCGGUUUACCUUUGCUGCUUGUCAUGCUUCUUACACUGAACUGGCUGCUGUCUUAUGUUUUGGAAUCCAGGUCUACAUGCACAGUUCUCUGAUACUGUUCAUCAGAACAUUAGUCAUAGUGGAGGGUGUGAAGCAUUCAUGGUUUUACUUAAAGCUUGGAACAAGACUAAUCAGAAGAACCAGUUUUCUGAAUGUCACUAAACUAGUUUGUGUAAUGUACCACUCUUAUGAUUUAGUUGCAUUUUGUUUACUAUACUGGCAAAAAUGUACUUGACAGUUACUGAGCUGUUUAUUCAAAUAAACUAUUUCUGACUAAAACUA